AUGGGAUUUUUCAUUACGAAUAACAAUUGGAUUACUGUAGCACAUAUCCCAGGAAAACAAAAUGUCAUUGCAGAUUUUGAAUCGAGGAGGGGUACCAAUGAUACUAAGUGGGACCUAGACCAAGCAGUGUAUGAUCAAGCAAUCCAAUUACUGGAUGUGACACCCAGUAUUGAUCUGUUUGCCUCAAGGCUAAACUAUAAAUGCAAGCCUUAUGUUGCAUUCAGACCUGACCCCGAGGCUCAAGCCAUAAAUGCCUUUCAUAUCUCUUGGGUAAACAUGUGUUUUUAUGCAUUCCCACCUUUUUGCAUUAUCAACCAAGUAUUACAAAAAAUAUCAGAAGAGAAGGCAACAGGCAUAAUAGUAAUUCCACACUGGCCGACCCAGUCCUGGUGGCCAUAUCUAACCAAUAUGUUAAUAAAUUGUCCCCUUAUGUUGCCUAGCACACAACAACACUGAUGUUACCAUCCCAUCCUCAGAAGAUACAUCCUCUACAAAAGAAGUUGCGAUUACUGAUGUGCCACUUAUCGGGGGAUUAUUUGAAAGUCAAGGAAUUUCAAAAGAAGCUGCUUCAAUCAUCGUACAAGCAUGGAGACCGGGGACUCAAAAACAGUACAAAUACUAUUUACAAAAGUGGGAACAGCACUGUUGUGAACGAAGUAUCAAUCCCAUUUCUCCAAAUGUAGGGACUGCAAUUGAUUUUCUACAUGAAUUUUAUAAGGAAGGAUUAUCCUAUAGCACAUUAAACACGGUACGCUCAGCUCUAUCCAGCGUUGUCCAACCAAUAGACAAUUUCACAUUUGGAAACCAUCCACUGGUAACCAGAUAUAUACAAGGAGUAUUUGUAAAUAGACCAGCACUACCACGUUAUAAACAGAUCUGGGAUGUGUCUGUGGUUAUAAAAUAUCUCAAAUCUUUGGGUGAAAAUACACAACUCUCUCUACAAGAUCUGACUAUGAAGACAACCAUGCUGCUUGCCCUUGUUACUGGACAGCGUUGCCAGACCAUACAGGUCUUGAACAUUGAGCAGAUGGUUAAUAGUGAUGACAUGUGGUCCUUUCAUAUAAACAACUACUUUUGA